AUGAACGGGAAACCGGAUUCGCUCUCCCAAUUGUUGCCCCAGCAGAUUCGUUACGCCUUUGAUCGACACGAACAGAAAGCCUCCAUGAAACCGGGUUCGCUGUCUCAUUUAUUGCCACAGAAGACUCUAUACGCCGUUGAUCGAUAUGGACAACAAGCAGCCACGGAAGCGGAUUCGCUUUCCCAGCUACGGCCAUACUUCACACAAACGACAGCUGCCCACUACCCAUCGCUUCAGCCAAAGACACCCACAGCAUCGCAAUUAGAAUCAAUGACGGCCCGCAUCUUAGACAUCGUCCAAGCGGGCGACUGGACGCACCCAGACUGGCAAAACUUCGUCGCCUACGAUUUCGUAGCAAAGCUGCCAAUCCGAGGCCUGACCACGAGCAGACAAGCGUACGAGGAAGGGUACGAAGUGUCCCGCACGCUCUCUCCGCGCCUGUACCACCCGCCCAACAGCAUCGUGGCGUACGUCGACGAGUCGCAGCAGACGGCGAGGGUGUUUGUGCUGGCUCAGCUGUUUGGGAAUCCGUCGCCGCUGGUCCGGCAGGGGGUGAUGGUUUACCAUUUUGCGUUGACGACGCAGGGGUGGAAGGCGGUGAAGCUGCUGGCUAUGAAAGGGGCGGAUUUCUACUGA